AUGACAACGAAGCAAACGCAGGAGUCCUUGAAAUGCACACAACUGUGCAGGCAUUGGGCUUCUGGCACGUGCUUCAGCGGCAUGGGUUGCUCUUUCGCGCAUUCGAAGGCGGAAUUGAGAGAGCGGCCGAGCCUUCGAGCCACCGAACUUUGCUUCCGAUUCGCAAAGGGAAACUGCCGCAAGGGCCAAGGAUGCAACUUUGCUCAUGGACAUCAUGAACUUCGCAGCCUAGCACAAUUGGUGCCACAAAAAUCCAUGGCCAGGUCGAACAAAAAGGAGGCUGCGGCGCGAGCAUCUGCACUUGCCUGCUUGGAUUACCCAGUGGAUUCCGCAACAGUGCAAGGGAUGAUGGCACUGACCGACCAACUCAGUCAAGAACUGACCGACCAACUCAGCUAUUUGGAGAUGGUUGAGGCCAGGUUCAAACUGAUGGAGCAGAUGAUGCCCUUUCUUGAUGCCCCGCCGGGCUUGUCACCACCAACAGGCAGUUGUGGUUACCUUGGUUACCAAAGUUACCACAGCGAACAAACUGUUGCAGCCGAGGGCGAGGAGCAAACCCCAAGCUUCUCAUCCGUGUCUCCAGUGACGGCACAGGGUGAGCCGGGUGAGCCGGUGAAAAUUUGGCUCUGA